AUGACAAAAUUGGACUCGGAAAACCCUAUCAAAGAUAACGACUCCGUCCAUGUUAAUACAGAGUCGGUGGUCCAGACCCCAGACGUAAUUGCACCCAGUCCAUCAUAUUUUCCCUUCACACCUGGAUCUACUCAUACAAAGCCACAACAAAGGCCACCCUUGGAGUAUCAUGCCAGUGAGAUCGAAUUAGGGAUGUUGGACCACAUUCCAGUUGAUUUUCACCAAGUCCCGUCACAUACAGAUCUGGAAGAUGGAACCAAAGACCACUCUGACAGCCACUUGUUAACCUUCACCCGUAGAAAGCAUGUUAUGGCACUCUGCGCCUCGUGUCUUUGGGCUUUUUGCCAGGGCUUCGCUGAUGGUGCUCCAGGUGCACUUUUGCCUUACAUGGAAGAAUACUACCAUAUUGGAUACUCUUUGGUUUCUUUGAUCUGGAUUUGUAAUGCCUCGGGUGUUAUAAGUUUCGCACCUAUUGCACAUCGCAUCUUGCUCAAGCUAGGAUUUCGCUACUCACUUGUGGCAGCAUGUUGCUGCUCGGUAGUAAUGCAUUCUAUUGUUUGCACAGGCACGAAAUUCCCCGUCAUUUGUUUGGCUUACUUCAUUGGAGGUGUUGGAUUGUCCGUUGCAGGUUCUCAGCUCAACAUCUUCGUAUCCCGAUAUGAAAAGGCCUCUUUGGCCCUUGGGUACUUCCAUGGAUGUUACGGAUUGGGUGCCUCAGUAUCACCUUUGAUUGCCACGGUGUUUGUAUCGAAGGGCUAUAAGUGGCACACCUUCUACUUCGUGUUGCUUAGUCUCAGUGCUUUCGCAGCCAUCAACGCAUUCAUCCACUUCUCGGAGGCCGACAAGGACAUGAAAGCAAUUGAAGAGCACAACGAAGUCAAAGAAGAACAGCCUAAGAGCAUUCUUGUUCAGGCCCUCAAGAGCAAAACUACCUGGCUCUUGGGAUUCUUUGUUCUCUUCUACCAAGGCUCAGAGGUCUCCGUUGGUGCUUGGGUGGUGACAUACAUCAGAGAUUACAGAGGCAACCACGACACUUCGGUGGGAUACGUGGCUUCAGGAUACUGGUUUGGCCUCACAUUUGGCCGCUUAGUGAUGACCCCCACCUGUCACCACUACUUGGGAGCCCGUGUGGGCAACUCGUUACUCAUUUGCUUGUCUCUUAUACUCGUGGGUAUGACAUGGGCCAUUCCAUCUACUUUGGGUGAAGGUAUUUGUGUUUCUUUGGCAGGUAUUUGCAUCGGUCCUAUUUAUCCAUUGAUGAUUACGGUUGUUUCGGGCGUUGUUCCCAGAAAAAUCCAAGUGGUGAGUCUUGUGUUUGCAAGUGCAUUUGGUUACAGUGGUGGAGCACUCUUCCCUUUCUUGAUCGGGCUUAUCUCUCAAUUCAAAGGUGCUUUUGUUAUGCUUCCUGCGUUUUUGGCCAUGUUCACUGCUACAUUGGUUAUUUGGUUGUGUUUACCCAAGCUUCCAAACUCCAAGGGUUUGACCUCAACUGUCCGCAAGCAUUUAGGACUGCAUCGAUUUUUCGCGUGA